GCCGCGCUCCGUCACCAGACAAACAAGAUGGCGGCGUCCAUACUGAGCCGGGCGUGUGUGACCCCGCUGAGGGUGCAGCGCUACAGUGCGGGGCUGGCGGUGUCCGGAGCGGCCAACACUCGCAAUAGGCGUCCAGGACAGAGAGGACCCCCGAGGAAGGAGGUGCCGCCUCCUCGUGCGGAGAAGAUGCUUCCGGAUCAGGAGUGGAGUAACGUCUAUCCCACCGCCGCCCCCUUCAAGCCCUCCGCCGUCCCGCUCCCCGUGAGGAUGGGUUACCCCAAAAAGAAGGCCGCGCCCCCAGAUAAGAUUGGGAACCUGGAGCUGCUGAAGAUUCCCAACUUCCUGCACUUAACGCCGGCGGCCGUCAAGAAGCACUGCGCCGCGCUCAAAGAAUUCUGCACGCCGUGGCCGACGGCUCUCGCCAGCGAUGACUACUGCACCCAGCAUUUCCCCAUCCAGCUCCAGUCUGUGGAUUACGUCUUUGCUGGGCCGUCUCUCCGCAACCCAAAGGCCAGGGUGGUAACCUUGCAGGUGAAGCUUUCCAACCUGAACCUGGACAAACACGCCAGGAGGAAGCUGAUAAAACUCGUCGGCUCGCGGUACAACGGCGAGGACGACACUCUCACCAUCCGCACCGACAGGUGUCCACUCAGGAAGCAGAAUCAGGACUACGUCAUGUACCUGCUGACUGUCCUCUACCACGAGUCCUGGAAAACGGAAGCGUGGGAGAGCGAGAAGGAGGAGGGCGACAUGGACGAAUACAUCUGGGAGGGCAGCAAGUCCCAGCAGAACGUCCUGGACACGCUCGCCAGGUUACCCGGUAACUCCGCCUCCAGCGAGGAGAUCCUCCAGUCCGCCAGCGUGCAGGAAUACCGCCAGGCCAUGCUGAACCUGCGCAACCAGGGCGAGAGCGAGGAAAGCGUCAGCUGCUACAAGGAAAGCGUCAAGAAACUGCUGGGUGUGGCCUGACCGCGUGACGCGGCUGAUCCGGAAAAUAUGGACUCUGGACAGCGUCUUGUAUCUUCUGUGAAUGGACUAAAACAGAAUAAAGCUCAGAUUUGUUUAUUAUAUAAAUUCA